AUGCUUCAGCGAAUAUCAUCUAAGCUCCACCGGCGGUUCUUAUCUGGCCUGCUGCGUGCUAAACACUACCCACUGAGACGGGUCCUGUUUCCACUAAUCCUACUGCAGAUCGUCAUCGUAACGUUUAUCUGGUCCAACUCGCCAGAACGCAACGCAUUCGACCAGGACACCGGUUACUUGCUGCCCAAGUACAACGAAAUUGACGACGAUGACGACUCGUGGUAUAGUCACUUGACCUCGUCUUUCAAGAACGACCGCAAGAUACAGUUUGCCAAGAAACUGUACGAGAACCUCAAGUUCAGCACCAACCCCAGAUGGGUCAACGAAUACACCUUACAAAAUGACCUGCUCUCGGUCAAGAUGGGCCCUCAAAAGGACACGAAGCUCGAGUCCGUCGACGACUUGAAGUUCUACGACUUUGACCCCCGUCUCACGUGGUCCGUUGUGCUGAACCACUUACAAAGUGGCAGCACGAACCAUCGCGAAAGCCUGCCCUUUUCCUGGUAUGACUGGACGACCUUCCACGAACUGAACAAGCUCAUCUCCAUCGACGAGACCGUUCUUCCUUGCAAUUUCCUCUUCCAAUCCGCCUUUGAUAAGGAGUCUCUGGAAGCCAUCGAGAAAGAACUCGACGAACCCCUGUUCCUAUACGAAAGACCCAAGUACGCGCAGAAAAUGUGGUACAGGGCCGCCAGAAACCUUGACAGAAUCAAGGACUCCAAGGAACUUAACAAGCACUGUUCUAAGCUGUUCACCCCGAACGGCCAUGGCUCGCCCAAGGGCUUGAAGUUCAACACGCAGUUCCAAGUAAAGGAACUCUACGAUAAAGUCAGACCGGAAGUCUACCAACUGCAGGCAAGAAACUACAUCUUGACCACGCAGUCGCACCCACUGUCCAUCUCCAUCGUCGAAGCGGAUAACUCCACGUACCAGGUGCCCCUGCAAGCCGGCAGAUCUCAGAACUUGGUGCAGUCCGGUCUCUUGCAGAAGUACAUUGUCGACAACAUCAAUUCUACCAACAAGAGAAAGAAAAAGGACAAGCAGGACGUCCAGUUCCACCACAACAAGCUUUUCCAGAAAUUCAUCUCCAAUGCGGAGGUGAACUCCCUCUACAAACUCGAUGUUGAAGGAACUGACAAAUCCACUUUCGAUAGGGACUUGGUUCACCUAUCGCCUUCAGACUUUAAGUUUGAUGCGUCCAAGAAAAUUGAGGAACUGGAAUCGCAAAAGGAGCUUAAUCCAAACGCGUUCUCCGCACACAACGAAAAUUACCUAAACAGCUUGAAGAGCUCCGUAAAGACCAGUCCUGCCCUGCAGAGGAAAUUCUUCUAUGAAGCUGGUGCCGUCAAACAAUACAAAGGCAUGGGGUUCCACCGUGACAAAAGAUUCUUCAACGGUGACACUUUGAUCAACGACAAGCAGGAAUACCAGGCAAGGCUGAAUUCGAUGAUCAGAACUUUCCAGAAAUUCACAAAGGCCAACGGCAUCAUAUCCUGGUUGUCUCACGGUACACUGUACGGCUAUCUUUACAACGGGAUGGCUUUCCCCUGGGACAACGACUUCGAUCUACAAAUGCCCAUCAAGCAUUUACAAUUGCUCAGUCAGUACUUCAACCAAUCCCUAAUCGUAGAGGACCCAAGAGACGGGAAUGGUCGCUACUUCCUUGACGUCAGCGACUCCUUGACUGUGAGAACCAACGGUAACGGUAAAAAUAACAUCGAUGCAAGAUUCAUUGAUGUUGACACCGGCCUUUAUAUCGAUAUUACUGGGUUAGCCAGUACUUCGACCCCCAGUAGAGAUUAUUUGAACUCGUACAUCGAGGAGCGUUUGCAAGAGGAACACCUGGACAUCAAUAACAUCCCUGAGUCAGACGGAGAGACUGCUGUUUUGCCCGACAAAGUGGACGGUGGCUUGGUCAAUAUGGCCGUUCUGAACAUUACUGAAUUACGCGAUUACGUCGCCAGUGAAGAAAAUAAAAAUCAUAAAAGAGUCCCCACUGAUACUGACCUGAAGAACCUUGUGAAAAAGGAAUUGGAGGAGAUACCCAAAUCAAACACCAUCGAGAAAAAUCUGAACCCGAAACAGAGAUAUUUCCUCAAUGAAAAACUCAAGCUGUAUAACUGUAGAAACAAUCAUUUCAAUUCGUUCGAAGAGCUGUCUCCUCUAAUUAAUACUGUUUUCCAUGGUGUGUCAGCAUUGAUUCCUCAUAGACAUACCUACUGUUUGCGCAAUGAAUACCAUGUCCCUGACAGAUAUGCCUUCGAUGCGUACAAGAACACAGCUUACUUGCCCGAAUUUAGGUUCUGGUUCGACUAUGACGGGUUAAAAAAAUGUAGCAACAUUAAUUCAUGGUAUCCAAACAUUCCAAGCAUCAAUUCGUGGAAUCCAAACCUUUUGAAAGAGAUCUCUUCUGUCAAAUUCGAGUCUAAACUUUUUGAUUCAAAUAAGGUUUCUGAAUAUUCUUUUAAAAACUUAUCCACGUCCGACGUCCGUUUAAUCUACAGAAAUAUUCCAAGAGCUGGUUUCAUCGAGGUAUUCACCAACUUAUACAAUUCCUUCAAUGCCACUGCUUAUAGACAAAAGGAAUUGGAAAUUCAAUACUGUCAAAAUAUAACCUUCAUUGAAAAGAAGAAGCUACUACAUCAGUUGCGCGUUAAUGUCGCUCCCAAGUUGAGCUCUCCGGCGAAGGAUCCAUUCCUUUUCGGCUAUGAAAAAGCGAUGUGGGAAGAUUUGUCAAAAUCGAUGAACCAGACUACGUUGGAUCAAGUCACCAAAAUGGUUCAUGAAGAGUACAUUGGCAAAAUUAUUGAUUUGUCCAUGGAUUUAAAGAACAGAAAUUUUUCCCUCUUCAAUAUUACACAAGAUGGGACCGCCGUAAUUUCAAAUGACGAUAGUAAUGAUUACACCCCUGCUAACGACGUAGAAAUCAACCCUGACGAUUUCAGGACGAAUCUGAACUUCACCGGUAAGGCGUUUUUUGAUUUGAACACUUACGGGUUAGAUCUUUUUGCACCUACUUUAUCCGAUAUCAAUAGGAAAGGUAUACUAAUGUUCGAUAAGGACCCUAUUAUCGUUUACCAAGAUUAUGCGUAUGGGAAAGUACUGGAGGAAAGAAAGAAAAGGGAAAAGAAGAAGAAAGAAGAAGAGGAGAAGAAGAAGAAAGAAGAAGAGAAGAAGAAGAAGGAAGAGGAAGAGAAGAAGAAGAAAGAAGAGGAGGAAAAGAAGAACAAGGAAGAGGAAGAGAAGAAGAAAAAGGAAGAGGAAGAGAAGAAGAAAAAGGAAGAGGAAGAGAAGAAGAAGAAAGAAGAGGAAGAGAAGAAGAAGAAAGAAGAGGAGGAAAAGAAGAACAAGGAAGAGGAAGAAAAGAAGAAACAAGAGGAGGAGAAAAAUAAGCAAGAGGAGGAGAAGAAUAAGGAGGAGGAGGAAGAAAAGAAGAAGCCAGAAGAAGAAAGCAAAAACAGACAAGAAGAUGAUAGUCAAAAGGAGAAGACCCAGAAUUGA